CUGCUCGUGCGCGAGCCAAAUACGGUCCGCCCAGACCCAGUGAGUAGGUAACAACCGUAUUUAUGUGUGUUUUUGAGAUCCUUUUGAACAGCGACUGGCAUCCCACUGCAGUCGCUUUUAUAUGGAUGUGUGAUAUAGGCCAUUGCGCUUUCACAGUAUCGCGUUAGUCACCGAGGAUAAUAAUCUGCCAUAAUCAAUGCGCGGACUAAUUGGCAGCACCCACGACCAACGAGAAGCCGAUCGGGAGUCGUGGCAACCUCGGCAACAUUACCGGAGCUCUGUGUCAAGACAAACAAGUGAGCCGAACAGGGCUCAAGUGAGCUGGCCUGGAGCGAUACGACUGGAAUGUGGCUGUUUAGAUCAGACUGUCGGACGCAGGUCUGGGAUCAGGCAGAAGCAGGAUGCUGAAGCGCGAUUAGGAGAGUGUACUUUGAUGGGAGAUAACGUGUUCUCAUGCAACAGAUAGACAUCACCAUACGUCACCUGGUAUAUCACACUGGAUGUGGUAGAUUCAUGUGGACGGGAGGUGUGCCCUGAUUGUGGGUGCAUCCCGACACCUCCCACUUCCUGCAGCCACUUCCCUCCCUAUAACCUCGCUCCGUCCUGCACUCUACGGUCACCAUGACGUCUACCUUGCAGACCCUAGCUUUUAAGCUGGCCCCUCCCUCGAGAGAGGCCGGAAAAGAGCAAUUGGACACCUGUAAUGAUGGCGUGGGACAACGUUACGAGGUAGUCCCCUCAGUUGUCUGCUCGAUGUGCUGCCUUUUUGGAAUCAUCUAUUGCUUCUUUGGUUACCGCUGUUUUAAAGCUGUACUGUUCCUCACGGGUCUGAUGUUUGGCUCCGUGAUCAUAUUCUUGCUCUGUUACAAGGAGCGCGUAUUAGACACGCAGCUGAGCAUUGAGGCCAGCGUGGGCAUCGGCCUGGGUAUCGGAACCCUGUGCGGCCUGGUGACCAUGCUGGUACGCAGCGUUGGGCUGUUCAUGGUGGGGCUGCUCCUGGGCCUGCUGGUGGCUAUCGGGACCCUGAUUGGCAUGGAGGAGCUGUCGUCCAAUCCACCGCGCUCUGUGUGGGUGCCCCUGGGCGUGCUGCUGGGGCUGGGCAUGCUGUUCGCUGUCCUCACCCUACAGUGGCAAAGAUGCUUCACAACGCUCUCAACAGCCGUGUUCGGGGCUGCCGUGAUAGUCGUGGCCGCAGAUUAUUUCGUGGAGCUUUUCGCGCUGGUGAGAUACAUAUACGAGAGGGUGAAAACGGGCCCCCGGGAGCCGGUAUGCUGGAUGACGUGGGUGGUCCUGGGAGCCUGGCCUGCUCUCGCCCUGCUGGGCUUAUUGGUGCAGUGGAGAGUGACGGCGGAAGGAUACUCCCACACAAAGGUUAUGAUCAGUCGUCAGCAGCGGCGAGUGCAGCUCAUGCGCAUUCGGCAGAAGGACGAGAGGAGGGAGUGUGGCAGGAAGAAAAAGCGGAAGCAACAGCAGAACUCGCACAACACACAUGCUGCCAAAGCACUUCACCCGGAGCCCGCCUACCGCAGGAAACCCAACCCUGUACGCCGCUUUGAUGGGGAUGUGCUUUCACCUAGUUAUAUCCAGAGUUUUCGAGAGAGACAGGUGGAAGGGCGGGGUUAUCCAGUGGGCGGGCUUGUGGCUGCGGGUCACACGAGUGUCGAUAUAGACUAUGACUGUGGGUCUACCGUCCCACUCACUGCUGGGGUCGGACCACAUGUUCAGGUCUGACCUCACUCAUAUAAUCGCAAACAAACAGACACUGAUCAACAAAAACACAUUAUGCUACUCUGGUGCUGACCUGACCCUGACUCACUGUCCCAUACACUCACACACACAUCCAGCAGCUCCUCCAGAUCAAAACUAUUAUAGCACUUAAAAGAGAAAAGAUGCAACUCUACCAUUGGACCAUAGUUGCAUCCCUGAGCUGUUUUCUAACACACAUGCAAGCAUACUAGCACACGAUAACAUUUUGCUGAACGUGUGUUUGCGUACUAUUAUGAGGUCAGUAGUGACAAAUCAUGCUGGGCUCCAUUCUGUCGAAAUAUUUUUUAAUAACGUCAACUGUUGUUAAAUAGUGUGUUGCCUGUUCGUCAUUGUUUCACAAAACUGCGUUUCUUCUUGUGAGGAAUUCAUCAGUCGGUGCUGAAUCUCGUCUUUGUAUUACAAGGCUGACAGCCCCCCCACGCCCCUCAGUAAAGUUCGUGGAUUUCACCAGUCAAGUGUCUGUACUGUAAGAUCCCACAUUCCGGCCCAGGACUGUACCAAAUACCAGUGAGCAGGGGUGCCUUGCUUUGAGACUCCGGUAAAAAAAAACUCCUUAGCCUUUAUCCAGAAAGGCUGUAGGGCAAAGAGCCAUAAUACUGCUGAUCAGAGCCACCAGGUCCACUCUGGGAUGCGGAGAUGAACGUCUGGUGAAGAAUUGAAUUAAGAGCAAGCAAGAUACUGAGGAAUGAGAGUGAAGAUACUCAGGGAUGAUAUGAAUGUUAUGGAGAUUCAACAAAAGAAAAUUAGCCGCAACGGGGGAAAACCUACAAGGACAAUGACAUAAUGGACGUUUCCCCCUUUGUGGCAAGCGUACGUACAGGGAUCUCACCAUGACUGUUCAGAUACCGCUGAGUAUAAAACUAGUUUGCAGUGCCAUCCAAGGGAACAUUUGUAGUGUCCUCGAGGGCAUGAUAGUGGAGGCUGCCCCUGAAAGGAGCAAACUUUCUUUUAAAAAGAACCCCAUAAUCCCUUGGGGCAAACUGCAUGAUAUAAUGGCCCCCACUUUGUUUUCAUGAUGCAUUAUCGCACCUGUCUGAACAAUUGAAAGCAGAUCAUGUUCUCUCUUUUUUUUAUCUGCAAAGCAGAAACAUUUAUGUUAUGUACAUAAAAUGCACAUUUAAUGUAUCCAUUUCAACAUGGCCUCUCAUAUUUAUUAGAUAUUAGUUUAUUUCUUACUAAUUGUUCAAGGGUGCUAAACCCUGACAUGUUAAUGAAUGGUUAUAUUUAUUAGUUUUGUUUGUUUUACAUAAUGAGUCAUGUUUUCUACUUUCUGUCUGAUAACGGAGUGUGGUCCAAUCAUGCAAUGAAACCUUUUGACAAUCUGACAUAAACAGUUUUUGUUUUUCUUCUGACACUGUACAACAGCAUGUGUUUGUAUGGGCCUGGUUAUUAUGGUAAACAUUGUGAAUUCA